GUAAAAAGAGGGGCGAGUGUGAUUUUCAAAAUUCCAAUUUCAAAACGGUUAUUGUCAACAUCCCUUCUCUCCCCAACUGACAUUUUGGUUCCGGCGACGGAAGCUAGAGAUGAUCGGUCAAACUCACAAUCAACCGAAGGCGUCUUCGUCGGCAAAUGAUGAAGCUCGUAAUCAGUCGGAGAAAAAUGCCGCCGCAUACGGGCAGUGGUCGUUGAAGAACUUCGAAAUCGGGAGACCUCUGGGAAGAGGAAAAUUCGGCAGAGUCUAUGUCGCUCGAGAAGUAAAGAGCAAGUACAUUGUGGCGUUGAAGGUGCUUUUCAAGGAACAAAUUGACAAGUACCGUAUCCAUCACCAGUUACGGAGAGAGAUGGAGAUUCAGUCCACCCUCAAACAUCCCAACGUUCUACGCCUCUAUGGCUGGUUCGAUGACGACGACCGAAUUUUCCUUAUACUCGAGUACGCUCAUGGCGGUGAGCUCUAUGGCGUGCUGAGGGAGCGCGGCCACUUGACGGAGAGAGAAUCUGCAACGUAUAUUGCCAGUCUCGCGAACGCCUUGGCUUAUUGCCAUUCACAGGAUGUGAUUCACAGAGACAUUAAGCCGGAGAAUCUCUUGCUGGAUCAUGAGGGCCGUUUGAAGAUUGCGGAUUUUGGGUGGUCGGUUCAAUCGAGAAGCAAGAGGCACACCAUGUGUGGAACGUUGGAUUAUCUAGCUCCAGAGCUGGUCGAAAACAAGGCUCACGAUUAUACAGUUGAUAACUGGACGCUAGGUGUACUUUGCUAUGAGUUCCUCUACGGUGCUCCUCCCUUCGAAGCUGCGAUGCAGCAUGAUACGUUCAAAAGGUUAAAAAAAGGGGUUUUAACCUUCUGUUGUUCUAACUGCAUUAGACAGUUGUUUAUUGACUUGUGAACCCUGAAAUUCCAGGAUCGUGAAGGUUGAUCUUAGCUUCCCGCCUAAUCCUCCAGUCUCGAAGGAAGCGAAAGACUUAAUUAGCAGACUUCUUGUGAAGGAUUCUGCUAAGCGUCUCUCUCUUAAGAAGCUUAUGGAUCAUCCAUGGAUAAUCAAGAAUGCAGACCCGAAAGGUGCAUGCAUCCAGUAGAUAUCUCUGCUCCUGGUAGAUUCCACAAUUUAGAGUUGGUAUUCGUGGUAUGAGCGAGGCUUUUAGGAUUUAGGGAUUUCUUUGUUUUGUUUUGGAGUAAAUUGCAAGAUUGGUCAUUGUGUUUACUAAACGAUCUAGUUUGGUCACUGCAAAUAUUUAAUUUCAUUUAUGGUCACUAAGAUUAAUUCAAUAGUUCAAAUUUGGUCA